AUGGCUCUCCGAAUACCCUUCCGAGUUCAAUUGACCAAGGCACAGCCCUGUGUGGCUGUUGGCGCCCGUUUCGCUCGCCGUGGUCUCUCCACCACUUCACACAAAGCUGCCGUCACGAACCCUGACCCGACCGAUGAUUCUCCCAGCGCCGCCCUCGUGGCCGAGCAUGCCCCCUACAUGGUUGCCACCUACGCUCGUCCGCCUCCUGUCUUUGUCAAGGGCGAGGGGUCCUGGAUCUGGGACAUCGAGAACCGAAAAUACCUCGACUUCACCGCUGGUAUUGCCGUCAAUGCCCUAGGCCACUGUGAUCCCGAGAUCACCAAGCUCGCCGCCGACCAGGCCGCCACCCUCGUUCAUGCUUCCAACCUCUACUACAACCCUUGGACCGGUGCCCUGUCCAAGCUCCUCGUGGAGAAGACGCGCGCUGCCGGGGCCAUGCACGAUGCGAAUGCCGUCUUCAUCUGCAACUCGGGCUCCGAGGCGAACGAAGCGGCCAUCAAGUUUGCGCGCAAGACCGGCAAGCAGAUCGACCCCUCCGGCAACAAGACCGACAUCGUCUCCUUCCACAACGCCUUCCACGGCCGCACCAUGGGCAGCUUGUCCGCCACACACAACCCCAAGUACCAGCAGCCUUUUGCGCCGAUGCUGCCGGGGUUCCGUGUCGGCACCCUCAACGACAUUGAUGCCAUUGAUGCUCUCGUCACUGACAAGACAUGCGGCGUCAUUGUCGAGCCCAUCCAGGGCGAAGGCGGUGUCACCGUCGCCACCGAUGCCUUCCUGACGGCUCUCGCCAAGCGCUGCCGCGCCGUCGGUGCCGUCCUCAUCUACGACGAGAUCCAGUGCGGCCUCGGACGCACCGGCACCUUCUGGGCCCACGCGCACCUCCCAAAGGAGGCCCACCCGGACAUCCUCACGACGGCCAAGGCCCUCGGCAACGGCUUCCCCAUCGGUGCCACCCUCGUCAACGCCCACGUCGCGGACAAAGAUCAAGGUCGGCGAUCACGGCACCACCUUUGGCGGCAACCCCCUGGCGUCGCGCCCGCUGGCCGGCCCUCAUCACCGAGGUCCGCGGCAAGGGCCUCAUCCUCGGCCUCCCAGCUGUCGCAGGACCCCACGCCCAUCGUCAAGGCGGCCCGCGAGCGCGGCCUCCUCGUCAUCACGGCCGGCACCAACACCCUUCGCUUCGUGCCGCCCCUGACCAUCACCGACUCGGAGAUCCAGCAGGGCCUGGACGUGCUCGAGGAGGCCAUCGUCGCGACCGUGGCAUGA